AGGCGCCGGCUGAUGAGUCGGUUCCUGCUCGGUGCCCGCCUGCGCCGCGGAGAGUCCUCGCCUCCCUUGGCGGCUGCGGUUCCUAUAGGGACGGAGGCGAGCGCGGCCUGCUGCCGGCGGAGCCGCCUCAGGGCCUGGGCCCCUGGCACCAGGUAAUUAUUUCAAGAUGCCCGGGGGUUCAGUGAUUUCGUUCAACUGUGUGGAUUCUUCUCUAUCGUCUCUGAAAAACUGCCAGUCAUAUAUAAACACUGGGAUGGAUAUUGCUACUAAUGUUGCUCUUGACCUUGUGGAAAAUCGCAAUGAUGUAGAGGAGGUUAACAGAAUGGAAAGUGUGAUGUUAGAAUAUGCUGCGAUGGACAGAGAGCUAAACCAUUAUAUGCAAGCAGUUGAAGCUACAGUACAUCAGAUAAAACGAGACAAACCAGAAAAUAUACCAGAUCUAAAAGAUUUAGUAAAAAAAAAAUUCACUGCAUUGGAAAGCAAAAACGAUGACUCAGAUUUGAAAAGAAAUGAAAAAUAUAUACAUUUUAUGGAACAGCUUAAAAGAAUGAGAAAACAGUGUAAGUCUUCAUUUUUUAAAAUAAUGGUUUCCUGGAAAUACAAUAUGGUUCUAUAUACGUAUAUUAUAUGUUGGUUUAUUACUAAAAUGUUUUAAAAUACAAACCAGCCACAGAGCGCUUAAAC